AUGCUCUCUUGGACUGAUGAUGCCUCAUUUGUACGAGUUCAAUUCGCCACACUAGGGAGAAUAGAGGAAUCAAUAUUGAUGUAUUGGCCUCAAUCGAGCAGUAUUCGGCAAGCAACAAUAGUGUCUGGACAAGACUGGAUAUUCACAGAUGGUGGCGAAGCCAAACGUAAAUUAUACUUACACAAGAUCAAAACAAAGUUGCUUGAGCAAAAUACUCUCUAUCAUUACCGACUUGGGUCAAGACACAAGAAAAAACGUAUACAAUGGUCAAAGAUUUAUGAAUUCCAUACACCUACUGAGAGUAGAGAUGAUGCAUUCAGUUUCUUAGCUACAGGAGACAUUGGUGCUUGUAAUGCAGUAGCUGCAUCACAUUUGAUAGACUUUGGAAAAACUCACCAAUACGAUUUCAUUACGAUCGCCGGGGAUCAAGCUUACAAUAUGGACGAUUUCAAUGGAACAAAAGGUGAUGAAUAUUUGAAUUUUAUGCAAGAAAUUUUUGCUAGAGUACCUUAUUUGGGAUCGACCGGAAAUCAUGAGGCUGCUUAUAAUUUCAGUCAUUACAAAAAUAGAUUUAACAGUGUUCCAUACGCAGAGUCCAAAUCAGAGAAUGCUCUUAUGUAUUCCAUUAAUUACAAAUCUUUACACCUUAUUUCCUUUUCUACUGAAAUAUUUUUUACAGGCUCUGUUGAAGAGCAACAAACCGCUUAUCACUGGUUGGAAAAUGAUCUUACGCUAGCGAACCAGCAUCGUUUUGAACGACCGUGGAUCAUCUUUAUGACACACCAUCCAAUUUAUUGUAGUAGCCAAUCUCCUGACUGCACUAUUAAAGCAGACAGGCUUAAGUAUGGAGACAAAGCAUCAAGUAUCAGCUUGAGUGGCAUCAAUGUUGAUAGCAAGGAAAAUGGAAUUGAUAGAGGAAACCGGGGUUUGGAGCAGAUACUACUAAAACAUCGUGUAGACAUCUAUAUGAGUGGUCAUGUACACAAUUAUGAACGAACUUAUCCCGUUGCAAAUGGCCAGCCGAUGAGUAUGACGUAUCAUAAUGCGCCUAGUUUCUUUCAAAUUGUGAUAGGAAAUGGUGGGCAACCUGAAGGACCUGAGCCCUUUCAAUCAUCCUCUGAAAACAUAUACUAUCCUGAAUGGUCUGCAAAACGUUACAGUGGUUACGGAUUUUCUACUUUUAAAGUGACACCAACUAGUAUAAUAGGAUCUCAUUAUCAAGCCAAUGAGGAUGGAAGCCUGGGCGAGAUAGUUGACGAAUUCAUCGUGACAAAAGAUCCUCUAAUUGAAAUUAGCCAACAACAAACAUUAGGAGCAAAAUACCCAAGAAGAAAGGAUAAUCUUUCAUAAAGUGCUAUCUGUAUUUUAGAUUUCGAAGACGCAACUUAAUGUUACUCCUGUUCUAUUUUAAAAGCUAUCUGAUUUCUUUUCCUACAUUUCGAUGGCAUGUUUGAUCAUCAAGUUUGGUUUGCUGGUAUAAUAGUGAAAUGAUGUUCAAAUCAUUCCUGAAAAACAUGUAAUAGCUCAAAUUUUUAUGCUGAAUCAAUAAACAAAAAAUACUUUAAUGACCGUUGUA